UACUGGUUCUAACUAUCAGUAUUAUCUAGAUAAUACUGGUUCUAACUAACAGUAUUAUCUAGAUAAUACUGGUUCUAACUAACAGUAUUAUCCCCAUGGCCUCUCUCAUCUACUUCAACAUUCAAGUAUUUACUCUGAGUAAUGAAAGGUUGCGGACUACCCUAAAAAGACAGUCUGGGUCUGAUGUCGUCAGAUCAGAGCGACGAAUGACGAUGUUCUUGACGGCCAUAGUUUUCUUGUUUAUCCUCUGCCAGCCUCCACGUAUCAUUCUUAGUAUUGUAGAGGCCACAGAGAGAUUGAUUCAUCCAGAGGAUAAGUUUGAUGAAGCCGAAGACUGGUUUCACAUAAUGAGAGGAAUAUCUAAUCUGACGAUAGCGGCAAACUCUUCAGUUAACAUGUGGAUCUAUCUAAACAUGGUUUGUUAUCAAAGAACUCCACAAGUAGAGAUACGUCUCGACGCUGCGGCCAGGAGGAGCAAAUUCAAGAAUUCUGGGAAAGUGAAAAAUUUCUACCAACUCUCAACUGGCAGUAUGAGUGUUCCUUCCUCUGGGUCCAGCUAUGCUCUCAGCGCAACUAUAUCAAAUUCAAAACAGAAUUCAGUAGAUAAGGGAUCUCUAAUACUCUCCUCCCAAAUGAAUUCCCAAGAUAAUGCACCCUACGUCAGAACCCUUAGUAAAGAUUACUGUGUUGAAUUUGAGAAGCAAGAAGAUCAAAUAAUAGAUCAGGGUUGCUACGGACUGAUUAAUGUGGAGAUGAAUGAAGUUGACCUGCGGCUGCAGCCCACCUGUAAUCAGAACCUUGACUCUUCAAGUUAUUGGAGCCAAAGUCCGACUUCUCAUCACCUUGUGUCAGACAUACAGUUUCAUGAUGAACCUUUGGGCCUUCAGAAAUCAGACCUUAAACAGAAUUCAGAUAUUCUACAGAAUUCAGACCUUAAACAGAAUUCAGAUAUUCUACAGAAUACAGAUAUUCUACAGAAUUCAGAUAUUCUAUAGAAUUCAGAUAUUCUACAGAAUUCAGGUAUUCUACAGAAUUCGGAUAUUCUAAAAAAUUCAGAUAUUCUACCGAAUUCAGAUAUUCUACAGAAUUCAGAUUUUAUAGAGAGAAUGAAAAUUUUAUAGAAAAUUCAAAUCCUCGAGUGAUAAAUGAGAAAUCUUAAUUUGCAGAUAACUCAGAUAUUUUGGAGAAUUUUGACAUUAUCUAAUUUUGACAUCAAUAUUUUCAAGGCAAUUUUGCUCUUGUCAAUUCUGAAGUAUCAGAAACGAAUUUUGAUGUAAUCAAUCAAUCGUCAAUUUGUCAAAAAUGGCUAAAAUUCAUCAAUUUAUGUGAUAAAAUUGUCCUCUCUAUUAGUUUUUUGUUUCAUUCAUUAACAAAAUAACGAAACUGUUACAACUGAACACUAUACAAAAAAUGAUUUUUACAAACAUCGUUUUUGUUUGGCAGUGGUUCCAUUUCUCCCGAUGUUUAAAGUCAAAAUUUCACUUAAACUUAUGUCUCUAUUCACCUUAAAUGAACCAUAAGCAUUUUAAAUUUUUAUUAAAAUAUUGUGCAUUUUAUCAAAAUUACUCCCUUAUGGUGAAUUUUAUUAUUGACGUGCUAUUAAGUAAUCAUCGUGCCAUAAUGUAAAAUUAGCUGUAUAUCGUGCUAUGAAGUUUCGAUUGGUUCCCGGAUUUUCUAAAAAAAAAUCGAAUAUUUCUAGAAUAUGUUUUUCAAUUUAAAGGAAAAUAUAAA